CUGUCACAGGGACUGAGGGAGAGGCAAAGAGAGGCAGGGGGAGUUGGCAAAAGAUUGAGACAAUCAGGAAGCUGGGUUGCCUGCUGCAAGGGAGCAAGAAGGAGGGGCCAUCUUGAUAUCAGAGCUUGGCGGACUCUACCUGCUCCAAUGCAAUUUCCCAUGGGCCCUGCCUGCAUCUUCUUGAGAAAAGGCAUUGCUGAGAAGCAGCGGGAGAGACCACUGGGACAGGAUGAGAUUGAUGAGCUCCGGGAAGCAUUUCUUGAAUUUGACAAGGACCGAGAUGGGUUCAUCUCUUACAAGGAUUUGGGAAAUCUCAUGAGGACAAUGGGUUACAUGCCUACAGAGAUGGAAUUGACUGAGUUGGGCCAGCAAAUCCGAAUGAACCUUGGUGGCCGUGUAGACUUUGAAGACUUUGUAGAACUGAUGACACCCAAAUUGCUUGCAGAGACAGCAGGGAUGAUCGGUGUCCAGGAGAUGCGAGAUGCCUUCAAGGAGUUUGAUGCCAAUGGAGAUGGGGAGAUUACACUGGCAGAGCUGCAGCAGGCCAUGCAGAGGCUGCUGGGAGAGAAGCUCACACCCCGGGAGAUUGCUGAGGUGGUACAGGAGGCUGAUAUCAAUGGAGAUGGCACUGUUGACUUUGAAGAGUUUGUGAAGAUGAUGUCUCGUUGAAGAGGUAAUAGGAGCUCCAGACACAUGCUGCCUUGUUAACAUGGCUGAACAUUUGUAGAGCACUGGAUGCCUGAAAUACCUUAAAGGAUGGAGGGUGGGAGUGGACUUGUCACUGUAUGGACUGGGAUGCAACUGCAAACAGUUGCUUUGCUUCUUAGGAGCAGAGGCAAAUUUAGAAGAAAGAAUCUAUGUAUAUGAAUCUGAAGCAUACUAGGAUCUAGUGCCAUUAAAACAUUCCAGAGGCUAUGGCAUCAUUUCCUAAUCUGUUUCCCACCAGAUUCUCUUUCCAUGACUCCCUUGGUUAAAAGAUAGUGUGGGAACUUUUUCACAUUCUAAAAGAAAAAAAAGAAAGCCUUUCAAAAAGUUACACAUAUAGCUUACCUUUUCCCCAGCUACUCAUUUUCAACAAUGACUUCAUUUUCUUCUUGUAGUAAGAGAGUGUUCCACCAGUCAAAGGGUUAUAAUGACAGUCCUAAUAAGUAUCAGUUUAGAAAUGUCUCAGGAAGAGGCAUUCAAAGUUGCUUUUUUUCCAAUUUCCCAGAAGCAUAGUCUGUCGCCCCCCUGUAAACACCCAUGUCCCUGCCCUAGUGUGAGAUAAUCCCAGGGGAACUGAGCUAAACUGCAAAUCUGGAUUAUCAAGGUUUAGUGCAAGCUGAUCCCUGUGAGUAUUUAAUCCCCUGCAAAUUGAGAGAGAGAGAGAGAGAGAGAGAGAGAGAGAGAGAGAGAGAGAGAGAGAGAGAGAAUGAGAAUGAGAGAAUUCCCUAAAUCCCUAGCCCAAGCCAAGUGACUGCACCAUCAUUAUUUCUGGAAGCCCUCUGCUGCUGUAUUGAUCUGUCCCAGGCUCCUCCAGGCCUGUCUCUACCUUAGGGGGUUUGUGAACUUCAUCCUUCAUGUACCAACAUGGAUCUUGACCCUUCAGUUGCUUUAUCAUUCAAGAUAAAGUAUUUGUGUCAGGUCUUUCUUGCACUAAAGUCCAAUAUCUAGAAAUAUAAAAUAUGUCAUCUGAUUCUUGAUCCAAUAGCCUCAAUUUACACGACUGAAAUAAAGUAAAAGU